ACAAGGCCUAUAGGUGUCAUUGGUAUUCCUAGGUCUCUGAGUCCCCACGCACUCCCAUAUGCCUCUGAGUGGAUUCAUACCGCAUUCGGACCCAUUGUCUUGCCUGCGCCAUUACAUUAUGCCUAGUCUAAUUGCACUGUCUGCAGCGCCUUUAGAAUUGCUUACCUACUUUAGCUUACACUUGCUUCUUUACCUUCUUUCUGUCACUGCGCGCCCUAACCUCCUUUAGAGCUGUUAAGCGCAGGCCUUUCUAAAUGUAGCUGCCUUAUUAGCUGCUUAAAGCUUAGUAAUUUCCUAUUAUGUUAAACUAGCUUAUGCACAAUUAUUGCUACCCUUUUUAAGGCUUUUUUUCUAGAGACAUUACCC